AAAAGAAAAUAUUAUGCAUAAAAUUUGGUUUUACAAAUAUCAUAUUUAUGUUUUACGGGAAAUGAUAGGGUAAAAUGUAAAAUUUAAUCUGAAAUUUUAUAUAACCUCUUAAAGUCAAUAAAGUAGGAAUCAACCUCAGAUUGAGAAGUCAACCCAUCACCAUUCUUCCUGGAUGGUUAAACUUAAAUUGAACUUGUCAAGCACAAGAAAUUCCUAUGAAGUUCUCAACAAUUACCAAUUUUCUUCCUCUCAUUUUCUAUUGAGUAUACCUUUUUGCUUAGCUUCUCACUCUCUAUUCUCCAGAUUCAAGACUUGUUUCCAUUUACCAGCCUUUAAUCAUGGCUUCUUCUUCUUCUUCUUCAACCACUCAUCAAGCAAAGAUAUAUGAUGUAUUCAUUAGUUUUAGAGGUGCAGAUGUCCGGGAUGGAUUUCUCAGCCAUCUUCAUCAGUCAUUGGAUCGAAACCAAGUAAAUGCUUUUGUGGAUGAAAAACUUAAAAGAGGAAAGGAGAUCACAUCAUCUCUCUUGGAAAUAAUUGAAAAAUCAUAUGUUUCAAUUGUCAUUUUCUCCAAGAAUUAUGCAGAUUCUCCAUGGUGUUUGGAUGAGCUUGUGAAGAUAUUUGAAUGUUACAAAAAGAUGAAGCAGAUUGUGGUACCGGUCUUUUACCGUGUGGAUCCAAGUCAUGUUCAAGAGUUGACUGGCAAUUAUGGGGAUGCAAUUGAUAAGCAUAGACAAGAAUCUAGUGACUGUUUGGACAAGGUGAAGAGUUGGAGUGAUGCUUUGAUGGAAAUUUCCAACUUAUCAGGCUGGGAUUCACGGACUACUAAGCCUGAUUCUAGGCUGAUAAGAGAAAUUGUAAGUCAUGUUCUAGAGGAAUUAGAUCAUCUGACUCCAAGUGAUGUUUGCGAGGAUGGGUUAUUUGGAAUUGAUUCACGCAGUAAGGAUGUUCGUUCAUUACUGUGCCUUGAGUCAACAGAUGUGCAAGUUAUUGGGAUUUGGGGAAUGGGUGGUAUAGGAAAGACCACUAUUGUUUAUAAACUGUUCAGUCAGAUUCAUAAACAAUUCCCACGUCAAUGCUUUGUUGCAGAUGUAAGAGAAAAAUUCGAAAAUUCUACGAAGUGUAGUCUACAAAGUGAAAUUCUUUAUGGAUUACUAGGCAAAGACAAUUUAAAUACAGGCAUGCCCAUGAAGUUGAACUCUUCUGUGAGGAGAAGGCUCUCUCAAGAAAAAGUUCUUAUCGUUCUUGAUGAUGUGAGUGAUUUGGAUCAAAUAGAACAUGUAGUAGGAAGUCACGUUAUUUAUGGUUCAGGUAGCAGAAUCAUUAUAACGAGCAGGGACAGACAAUUGCUCAAGAAUGUGGGUGCCAAAGUAUAUGAAGUUAAGAAAUUAAAUCACUUUGAAGCUCUCCAUCUCUUUAACUUGCAUGCCUUUAAACAAAAUCCUCCGAAGAAAGAAUAUAUGGAGUUGUUACGCAUGGCGAUUAAUUAUGCUCAAGGCAUUCCAUUAGCUCUUAAAGUUUUGGGUUCCAAUUUGUAUGGUAAGAGUGUAGAAGAAUGGGAAGAUGAGUUGGAGAAACUCAAAGUUUCUUCUGAUACAAAAGUUAAAAAAAUAUUAAGAAUAAGUUACGAUGGAUUGGAUGAGAAGCAGAAGGAAAUAUUUCUUGAUAUUGCGUGUUUCUUUAAAGGGUACGAUAAAGAUAUUGUCACAAAUGUAUUAAAUGGCUGUGGUUUCUUUGCAAAAAGUGGAAUAAGCCAUCUCAUUGAUAAGUCUCUUGUAACCAUUUCAAGGGACAACAAGUUAGGCAUGCAUGACUUGUUACAAACAAUGGGUAAGGACAUUGUUUCGGAAGAGAAAGAACUUGGUAGACGUACUAGGUUGUGGAAUUCUGAAGAUGUAUACAAAGUAUUGGCAAAAGAUAUGGGGACUAAAAGUGUUGAAGGAAUGUUAUUGAACAUGUCCCAAAUCAGGUAUAUACAUUUAAGUUCUACAGCUUUUGAGAAGUUGUGUAAUCUUAGAGUCCUCAAGUUUUAUGAGAAAAAUUACUUUAAGAAAAAUAAAGUACUCCUUCCUGAAGGCCUUGAAUAUUUUCCUGAAGAGUUGAGAUUUCUCCAUUGGGAUCAAUAUCCUUUAAAAUGUUUGCCAUUACAAUUUCGUCUUGAAAAUCUCGUUGAACUUCACAUGCCCAAAAGCCAAAUCAGGCAAUUUUGGACUGAAGAUCAGACUUUUGGAAAUUUGAAACUCAUUGACCUCCGAAACUCUACGGAGCUUAUCAGUAUUCCUGAUUUGUCUAGAGUCCCAAAUCUUGAGGUUUUAUAUUUGCAUGGCUGUGUAAGUUUGCUUGAGAUUCCCCUGUCUAUCCAGUAUCUGAGCAAACUGACUCGAUUGAUUUUAUCGGGGUGCAAAAGUCUUCGGAAGUUGCCAAGCUGCCUUCCUCUGAAUAUAAAAGAACUGCAUUUACGUGGAACUGCUAUAGAGGAAUUGCCUUCAUCAAUUGGAUCUCUCUCUAAACUUUUUGAAUUAGUUAGUCUUCCAGCCUUGAGGUUGGAGAGUCUUCCAAGUAGCAUUGGUCAAUUGACAUGUCUCCGAAAAAUCAGUAUAAUUGGAUGCUCAAAAUUGGCGAGUCUCCCGGACACCAUUUGCAAUCUGAAAUCUCUUAAAGAACUUGCUUUGAUAAAUUGUGUGCUUCUCAAUGAAUUGCCCGAGGACUUGGGAUAUUUAGAUUCUUUGGAAGAGCUGAGUGUAAUAUCUUCUGGUAUUAGAAGCUUACCACUCUCCGUGAAUCAGUUGAUGCAGUUGAGGUACUUAAACUGUUCGAGGUGUAAAGGUUUACUAUUGCCUCCUUUAACAGAUUUGCCAUGUCUAAAACGUGUUCGUCUAAGCGACUGUCGUAUGUUAGAAUUUCCGGAAAGCCUUUGCUCUCUUGAGACAGUGGAAGAAUUAUAUUUAGAUGGAAAUGAUUUUGAGAUCAUACCGGCCAGCAUCAAAGGACUUAGUGGAUUGAGUUUGCUUGAUAUAAGAAAUUGCAAGAGACUUAAAUAUUUACAAGAGCUUCCAUCUUCUCUAGAUGAUUUAUAUGCAAGAAACUGCACGUCUCUGGAAUCAGUAUCAACUUCAUUCUUACUGACAGCAGUGACAGAGCGGAGGUGGUUAGGCAUUAUAGAUUUCAGCAACUGCAUCAAUUUAAACGAGGAAUCAUGCAGUAAAAUUAUGGACGAUGUAUUGGUAACACAUCAGGACAACUACGGAGUUAUUGCCUUGUAUAUUACUGGAAGUGAAGUGCUGCAGAGGAUGAGGUAUCAGAAUAAUAGUGGAUCUUCUUUGUCAUUCAGACUGGGGCGGCAUGACUUGAUCGGUCUCUCUUUCUGCGUCGUUGUAGCAUCGAAAGAGUAUCCUCGUCGCGGUUUAUUUGAUAUUAGAUGUACAGCAAAUUUCUCAGAUGAUAUUGGACAUAGUCGUAAUGAAGAUUUCUAUCUGUUCGGAGAUGAAGGUCGCGAAAUGGAUUUCCAAUCAGAAAAUGUAUUCCUCUGGCGCGAUCCAAUCUUUGAUUUCACGUCGAGAUUCCGAUUCAACAAGGCCUCAUUACAAUUCUUCCUCAAAUUUUCAACCAAUGAGGUGAUGAUAAUGAAGUGCGGGGUUCAUCCAAUUUAUAACCAAGACAAAAGGAGGAAAGAUGAUGAGGAUGAGGAAGGCGAUGAGAUGGAUAUUGAAGAGGAACCUCCUCGUAAGAGAUUGAAAGAAAGCGAAGAACAAGUAAAUGAGCUCGUACUAAAGCUCGCGAAGUGUCUCCUAAGAAAUGAAAAUGAGGAAGAAGUUCAGCAAAGGAAAGAGAGCCGAGAGCUGAACUGCUCCGAUCUCAGUGCCUCGUUUAGGCUUCUGUUGAUGGUAAAUACCUGCUUAGCUACGUCAAGCCAAGACAGACCCCAUCCAACCCAGAUUCUUUUUACUCUGAUGAUGCUCACUGUCUGUAUGAACUUGCUGUCCUUUGUUUCUUCUCUAUCUCUCCAUGGAUUUGCUUUCUCUCUUUAACUCACUGGUAAGUCAUACUCGCUGGUUUUGCACAGAAUUGCUUGUAUCUUAAUUUGCUCUUUUAUGCAUGUAAUAAUCCUAGUCAUCAUGUCGCCACUAUUUAUGAAAUCUUAUCCUUUUUAA